AAAAAUAUUAUUGGUACGUAGUCUCGCUUUUGGUCGGGUAGGAAAAGGAAAGAGGAACCAAAAACAAUAAUGGCAAGAAUGCCAAGUCAAAAAAUUACCCCACUUUGAUGCCACCUUUUUUAAAUUCCAAGCAAACACACACAUAGAGAGUACUCUUUCUCACACACCGUUGUCCUCUCCCUCCCUCCCUCCAUCUCCAAAAGCAAAGCAAAGUCGAAAAAGGAGUACAGAAAAAGCAAGAGAGAGGAAGAGAUUGGUGGGUCUUCCUUUUUCCCAACUAUUCUUCUCCAUCUUCAUCUUUCUUAACACAAAAAAUGACCUCUACACUUACCCAAAAUAAUAUCAAUGGCAACCACCACCACCACCCUCACUAUUACCCGUCUCAUUCUUCUUCCUCUAAAGCUUCUAUUAAAGGCUGUUGUUGUUGUCUUUUCCUCCUUUUUUCAUUCUUACUUCUCCUCAUUCUCGCUAUCAUACUUGUAAUAGUACUCGCCGUUAAGCCCAAAAAACCCCAGUUCGAUCUUCAACAAGUUGGCGUUCAGUACGUUGGAAUUACUCCCAACCCAGCUGCGAUAGCCACGUCAUCUGCCUCUGUUUCGCUCAAUAUUCGCAUGGUUUUCACUGCUUUCAAUGACAACAAGGUGGGGAUCAAGUACGGUCAGUCGCGGUUCACUAUCAUGUACCGUGGGAUUCCUCUCGGUCGGGGCACCGUACCUGGGUUUUACCAACCAGCACAUAGUGUUAAGCGGGUCGAAACUACCAUUGUUGUGGAUCGGGUUAACUUGCUCCAAGCUGACGCCGCGGAUUUGAUUCGUGACGCGGCGUUGAAUGACCGGGUCGAGUUACGGGUAUUGGGUGAUGUCGGAGCUAAGAUUCGAAUCCUUGGGCUAACUUCACCCGGUGUGCAGGUAUCAGUGGAUUGCGCAAUAGUGAUCAGCCCUAGGAAACAGGCUCUCACAUACAAGCAAUGUGGAUUCGACGGUCUAAGCGUAUGACACUGUAACUCUUAAUUAAUCCAGAAGUUUAAUGCACAUCUAUAUUGUUGGACUUGGUAUAAGAAAAAGAAAAAAGCAAAUUCAAAAGAAGUAAAAGAAAUACUAAAAGCAAGAUUCUUGAGCCAACUAAUUGUAGUGAAAAGGACAUUUAUUUAUUAACUGGAUUUUCUUUUCUUCUUUUUUCUGGAGAAAUUUUUGUUCUGCGUUGUAAAGUUUUGGACUGUUGUAUUUUUAAUACAUUGUUAUGCCACGACUCAUUGUCAUUUACUAGUAUUAU